GACAGAUACCGAGCUGAAGAAAACCUAAGCUUAGAAUUAGAAACAAAGAAAAGAAGAAAGGAAAGAAUUGAUCGUUGAAAAUGCAGGGAGGAAAGAAAGCGGGAGAGUCCAUUAAGGAAACAGCUACAAACAUUGGUGCUUCUGCCAAGGCUGGCAUGGAGAAGACCAAGGCCACUGUCCAAGAGAAGGCAGAAAGAAUGACAGCACGUGAUCCGGUGCAAAAGGAGUUGGCAACCCAAAAGAAAGAGGCAAAGAUGAACCAGGCGGAGCUGGACAAGCAGGCGGCGCGUCAGCAUAACACGGCGGCCAAACAGUCCGCCACCACGGCUGGGCACAUGGGACAUGGCCACCACACCACCGGAACCGGGACUGGAACCGCCACGUAUUCCACCACCGGGGAAUAUGGUCAGCCCAUGGGGGCCCACCAGACGUCGGCAAUGCCUGGCCAUGGAACCGGGCAGCCCACGGGCCAUGUCACCGAAGGAGUGGUGGGCUCACAUCCCAUUGGAACCAACAGAGGGCCGGGUGGGACCGCUACAGCUCAUAAUACCCGUGCGGGUGGAAAGCCGAAUGAUUAUGGGUAUGGGACUGGGGGUACUUAAUUAAUGAUGAUUAUAUCAUCAAGGUUUAUUGGCAAUAGUUUAAUAAUAAGGUUUAUUAAAUGUAGUUAGUUUGGGGUAUGGCUUUUGUACUUGUUUGUUUGGUUAUCUUUGUUUGUCUGCUUUUCUCUCCACUUGUUAUGGAGAGACUUGGGUGUGGUUAUGACAGUGUUUUCACUACGUGGAAACGUUAUAUGUGGUAAACUUGUACUUGUAUCAUUUCGUGAUAAUAAUUAAAUAAAAUAGUGGUUGUGUAAAAAUAA